CUGCACGUAGCUGGCGCCAACGGAUUCCUGCGGGCAGCUGAGCUCCUCCUGGACCAUGGAGUGCGUGUGGAUGUGAAGGACUGGGAUGGCUGGGAGCCCCUGCAUGCAGCUGCCUUCUGGGGACAGAUGCAGAUGGCAGAGUUAUUGGUGUCCCAUGGAGCUAGUCUCAGUGCAAGGACAUCCAUGGAUGAGAUGCCAAUAGACCUAUGUGAGGAGGAAGAGUUUAAGGUCCUGUUGCUGGAGCUAAAACACAAGCACGAUGUGAUCAUGAAGUCACAGCUGAGGCACAAGUCAUCUCUGAGCCGGAGGACGUCCAGCGCUGGCAGCCGUGGGAAGGUGGUACGUCGAGCCAGCCUAUCGGACAGGACCAACCUGUACAGGAAGGAGUAUGAGGGAGAGGCCAUCCUGUGGCAGCAGCGGAGUGCAGCUGAGGAUCAGAGGACCUCGACCUACAAUGGGGACAUCAGGGAGACCAGGACAGACCAAGAGAACAAGGACCCUAACCCCAGGCUGGAGAAGCCCGUGCUACUCUCUGAAUUUCCUACCAAGAUCCCACGAGGUGAACUGGACAUGCCUGUCGAGAAUGGCCUCCGGGCUCCGGUCAGCGCCUACCAGUAUGCACUGGCCAACGGGGAUGUCUGGAAGGUGCAUGAGGUGCCCGACUACAGCAUGGCCUAUGGCAGCUCUGGCAUGGCCGACGCCACCCCGCCCUGGAGUGGCUACAAGGAGCAGAGUCCCCAGACGCUGCUGGAGCUGAAGCGGCAGCGGGCUGCAGCCAAGCUGCUCAGCCACCCCUUUCUGAGCACCCACCUGGGCAGCAGCAUGACCAGGACGGGCGAGAGUAGCAGUGAAGGCAAGGCCCCCUUGAUUGGAGGCAGAACUUCGCCAUACAGCAGCAAUGGGACCUCAGUGUACUACACGGUCACCAGCGGCGAUCCCCCACUCUUAAAGUUCAAGGCCCCCAUAGAGGAGAUGGAGGAGAAGGUGCAUGGCUGCUGCCGCAUCUCCUAGUCUCUUUGCAGUGGGAGAGAGAGAUGCCUCGGGAGGGGUCCCUGGAAUCCAGGCCAGCCCGAAAGCCCUGGCUGGGGAGGUGUCAGAGGGCAACCGGGAAGAGGUGGGCUCUGCUUUCUAGAGGAACUCAGACUCCAUCUCCACCCUGCGGCCCAUAGCAUUCCACAUCCCAUGGUUCUGCUUCCUGCUGCAUCAUCUGCCAUCUGACACAAGGCCCGUCAUGGCCUCCUGACUCACUCUGCUGUCCAAUCUUGGGAGGGUGGGCUUGGGAUCCCACUUGUGUUCUUGGUAAAGGCUUCUCUGGACCAGUACGUGCAUGUCACCUAUCAACACACACACACAAACGCACACACGCACACGCUUAAUCAGGGUGUGCAGGAAUGACAUACCUGGGCUCAUGGGAAGCAGAUAGAGCUGAGAAUUUGUGGGGUGUUCUCAAAAGGAUGGAGGUUAAGACUCAGAGUCUCGUCACCACCGCCUAUGUGGCUUUAGCUAAACUAAGACCCGUCAUCUUGCUUGGAGUCAUAUCAGAGCUGGGCCACCAACCACAGCUGGCAGGGAUAGGAAGUCCUUGCUGAGUUCAGAGGGAGCCAGGAGUCCACAUGCAUUAGAUGAGGUGGACUCAGGCCUGCUUCCUGCAGCCUUGCUGUCAGUCACUCUGCUGCCCACUCCAGGUGCCAGUGCUGUGACCACCCAGGGCUCGAAGGGGAAAGCCAGGCUGUUCUGCUCAUGGAAUAAAACAAAUGUUUUGCUCUUGGAUGGAGACAUUAAAGGAUGGCAGGCAGGGGAUGGGGGAAAGAUCAGUGCUUACCGAACUACAUUUGAUUUAAAAAUUAUUUUAGGCAGUCUGGCCUCUGCACAAGGAUGACAUGCAAACUUGUGAAUCAUUCCAUAUUUUUAAAUAAACUCCUUGUGCUCAGAAAAAUAAAAUUAAAAAUUAUUUUAGGCUGUCAAACUCCAAGAGGGCAGGAAGUAACUGAAUUCACCUUUUUUUUUUUUUUCAUGGAUAGUAUCAUGAUCAAUAGGUUUUACUGGCUGGUGUUGGAAAACUAAAGCUAAGUGAGGAACUUCUGUUGGAAGGCUUUUCCAGGGAGAGGCGCGAGUUAAUUUCUGAAAACAUCUCUGGAUAACAAUGACAGAGCCCAGCACCCUGGGAUCUUUGUGAAUAUCCAGACUGUUUCAGUCCAGCUCAUAUCAGCCAGUCCUCCUUAGACUGAGCAGUCAGAAUGAGCGGUUAGGGGCUACUGGGGCCUCCCACCAUCCACUCAUGUCAGUCAUGUGCAGAGUCAGUGCUCAGGACCCCCAGCCCAGCUCUACCUUUUCUGGGAUGCUCAGUGAAGCAAGUUUUCCAGUUGGCCCUUGUGUGUUCCUGCCUGACCCAGGGGCUGCCAGCCUGUUCCUGCUGCAGUGGAGAUGCCCCAAGGCUGCAGAUCCAAGAUGCCUGUGGUCAGCAUUCCAUAUGGUAUUCAGGAGGGCAGUGGUGGCGCCAUAGUUGGGUCUCAUCAAAUCUACAGUUUCAUAGCAACAGCCUUCCUGAUGCUGGGGACGGUGGGCUGUUGAGGGGUAGGCUGCCCUCCACCUCACUACUGCACUCUCCCUCUUGCAAUUGUUGCCAUGAGAUGGGCACUGCCCACAGGCCCAGCCAGAACCUUUUGGGGUAACUAACAAACUGCAGGUUUUGUUCCCUGCUCUGUGCGCCUUUUAUUUGUCCUCAAACUACCUCCUUAGAGCUCUGAAGGCACCCCCAAGACCAGAUUCUAAUUUGGGGAACAGAUCCGGGUUCCCUUUAGCCUGCUUCUUU